UUAACUUCUCAAAUUUGGUUUGAUAAAAUAAUAGUAUCUCAUGAACACAUUUUCCUUGUUCCCCACGCUCCCACCGAACACUCCCACACUCCAGUCAGUGUGCAGACCGUGCCUGAGGGCCCCGUGGAGGAUGAACCAUGCCCCCACGUUGGACUAUGAGUUGCUGCUGUCCCCAGCCAGCUCGUCCUUGGGGGGCAGCUCUGGAGGGGGCAGCAGCAGCCCACCAGUAGCCCUGGUCGGGGUGGACAAUGAGCAGCGCACGGCCUUGGCCUUCGUAGGCCUUCUCAUGCUGUUCCUCAUCUUCCUGCUGGUCAGGUGCUUCAGGAUCCUGCUGGACCCUUACAGCCGCAUGCCUGCAUCAUCCUGGACUGACCACAAGGAGGGGCUGGAGAGGGGACAGUUUGAUUAUGCACUUGUGUAACAUAGACACAUUUAUGAAUACUCUUUGACUCUGAGGGUUGACUAGGUAAUAGUUUAGGUCUUACUGCAGGGGAAAUUACUUAUUUAUAAAGACAUAGGAAUUAAGAGAGCCACAGAGUUCUGCAAUGGACAGAGCUUUUUGAUGAAGCUGCCUUAACUUGUAACUUUACAAAGAUGUAGUACACCCAAAUGCCACAUCAGGGCAACAUUCAAAAUGAGUUUAUAAACUACAGUGUGUCAUUCUGGCCCUGCACUUCUUCUGCGGUCAUCUUACUGACUUUUUUGCCCCUUUAAAAUAAUAGGACACACAAAUGUGCUAAAUGCUUAUUAGAAACCUCAGACGCUCACGUUUGAAUAUUAUAUUUAACUGAAGUGUUCAGAUGCUUCCAACUGUUUGAGCUUGUAGUUUGUUUUCAUCUAAUUUUGUCUGUGUAUCUCUGUGUCUAAACUGAUAAGCCAUAUUGAACUUACUGUUAUCUCUUGUAGAGUCUAUGUCACAUGGUUGUAAACUUGCUUUAUUCAGCCUAUCAAGUGUGCUGCUAACAAAGCAAAUUGCAACCUUUCUGUAAAACAAAGCUUUAUUUUUCUACCCUGAACUCCAGUUUCGGAGCCUCUGUUUUGCUAUGUCUUUGUCCUUUAAUAGUGUGUAGGUUUUGGAGCUUGUAAUGCAGCCACAA